AAAAGAUUUGUUUUUGUCUAAUUUUGGGAUUUUAAAAAAAACUAAUUUUCCAAUUGUGCGAUUUAAAUUCCAACUAUUUCCAAGCAUACAAAACCAACCAAAAUCCAUUAAAUUGUGAAGGGAGAGACGUUCGCUCCCUUCCAUGAGACUCUUGCAUACAAGAGAGUACGUUCGCCACCCAUCCAUCUCCUCCUAUUAAACUCCCCCCCGUCGUCAAUCCCGGCUGAAGCGGCGGCAACCCUCCGUUCGUCCACCACGAUGGCGGCGAAAACAGUUCCCCAAAGGCUCUCCAUUGCCGCCAUUCUCCUAAUCCUCCCUUGCCUCCUCUCGGUUGCCUCCGCCUUCAACAUCACGAGGAUCCUUAACCAACACCCGAACUACUCCACCUUCAACGAUCUCUUGACCCGAACCGGCUUGGCCCCGGAGAUCAACCGGAGGUCAACCAUAACCGUCUUGGUCGUCUCCAAUGACCGCAUGGGGGAUCUCCAGAGUCACCCUAUGGAGGCGGCGGAGAACAUACUCCGGACCCACAUCAUUUUGGACUACUUUGACCUCAUGAAGCUGAACCGGCUCGAGGGUCAAACGGCUAAGCUGACUAAUAUGUACCAAGAGACGGGUGUGGCCGCGUAUGACCAGGGGUUCCUGAACGUCACUACCCGGAACGACGGCAUCUUGUUCGGUUCUGCCGUGAAGCGGGCCCCACAUGAUGCCCGGCUCGUGGGGUCUGUCCUAAGCCGACCUUAUAACAUCUCUGUGCUCAGCAUCUCACACCCCAUUGUGACCCCGGGCCUUGGUGGGAGCUUCCAGCCCGUGGAGGCACCACCACCUCGACCUCCUAAAUCCGUGGCCCCAGCUCCGGUCCCAAGCCACAAGAAGGAUGCUGUCCCUGCUCCGAUUAAGGCUCCGGCGGAGGCCGAUGCUCCUUCUGAUGACAUUGACUCCUCUGGUUAUAGCCCAGCCGGAUCCCCGCCAGAACCCGCUGAUGGACCUGAACCGGCUGACGGACCUGAACCGGCUGACGGACCUGAACCGGCUGAUGGACCCGAGGCUGCGGACGGACCCGAGGCAGAUGCAGAUACCCAGGAUGCUUCUGAAUCGUCAGCUGGGAAAUCUGGUGUUUCCCUUGGCGGAUUCUUUUUGUUUUUGGGUGCUUUGGUGGCUGCUCUGUAACUUCUUUGUAAGGAAAACAUUGGAUUAGAGAUUCAACAAUGACUGUAAGCUAACAUAUAAUACACUUGAAAGUUGAAC